CCUAAGACGAACAACUUCUCCUGUUCUCCACUUCCCUUUUUCAAUCUUAUCCUUAUCUUCUUUACUUGUUCUAUUUCGCUUCUAAUCUAAUCGUCCAAAGAAGGCGAUAAAUUAAUCAUUAGAUCUUCUUGUUUAAUUUCUCGAGAUCCUCGUCGAUAAACAGAUUCUCGAAAUUCUAGAGUUGUUAUUAUUCAUUAACCAAAGAGAAAUGUCAAUGGACGGAGUUAUGACAUGAGAAAUCUCAACCAAUUCUCUCGAUUCCUCGUUUAUCAUUCCGUAUCCGUCGUGAUUCUUCACUGGUUUUACGUCUUUUCUUGAACAAUUUUUUUUUUUUUUUUUUUAACUUUAUCGCAAGUGUUAGGACAAACAAACAUGGCAAACGCAGAGAAGACAAGUUCAGGUUCCGACAUAGACGAGAAGAAGAGAAAACGCAAGUUGUCAAACCGCGAAUCGGCUAGGAGAUCGCGUUUAAAGAAACAGAAACUAAUGGAAGACACGAUCAACGAGAUCUCGAGUCUGGAGAGACGAAUCAAAGAGAACAGCGAGAGAUACAGAGCGGCGAAACAGAGGCUGGACUCGGUCGAGUCGGAGAACGCGGUUCUUAAAUCGGAGAAAACGUGGCUUUCGAGCUACGUCAGCGAUUUAGAGAAUAUGAUCGCCACGACUUCCUUAACGCUCACGCAGAGUGGCGGCGAUGAUCAGAACGCAAACGCGGAAAUAGCGGCUGGAGAUUGUAGGCGUAGACCAUGGCAAUUGAGUUGUGAUUCUCUACAACCAGUUACGUCCUUCAAGACAUGAGCUUUGUGUAUUACUCCCUCUGUUUCAUUAUAGUUGGUUUUCUAGAUUUUUUUUCUUGUUUCAUAAUAUUUAAUUUCCUAUAUCUAAUUAAUGCAAAUUUCUUCUUUAAGUUGAAUGAAUCAUUAAUAGUUUUACAAAA